AUGAGCUCGAUCCCUCCAAAGUCAGGCCUUCAACCCCAAGGACAGAGCACGUCGACCCAGGCCGCUUCGCACUCUUCCUCUCCUUCGCUCAGUGGGAAAGCCUCGCCUCAGGCGCCGGUUCCCGCUCCGACAUCGACCUCGACCACGGUGCCCCGAUCCUACGCAAACGCGACCAAGAAGUCCGCGACGGACUCAACCGCCGCCGCUCCCGUCACCGUGGGUGGCCCAUCGCAACAUGGGAAGUCGACCUCAACAUCUGUGAGCGGCAAACCCAUGCAGCAACAAUCCCAGCCUCCGACCAUCGUGAAUGGCGCCCCGGCGUCGGGUCCCCAAGGCGACCACUCGAAGAAGCCGUCGGUGACCAUCACCUCCACCUACGUCCCCAACAGUGCGCAGCCCGGUGGUCGGCCCAAUAGCCUCCAGUUCGGCUUUGCAAACCAGCCCUCCCCGAACAUGGGCAGUCCCGCCGUGCUCGCGAGUCAGCCUCAGUCCAGCCUGGGUGUGACGCCCCCGGUUAACCCUCGUGCGACCUCGCCGCAGACUUCGCCCUCGCCCAUCCCUCAGCCUGCGUCGAGUGGUGGCAGGCCACCGCCGUCUUCAUACCACGCGCAGCUGAACUUUGGUAGCUUUGGAAAUGCGGGUGAUAACGCGGGUCAGGCUCCUCUUGGACCUGGGCCUCAGUCUACUCAUCUGCGCCGCGAGUCCUCCCAGUCAACCCACAGUGAUAUAAGCAACCACAUGGGAAGUGGUCCUGGUCGUGGUGGCUAUCCUUACCAGGGUGGUCGCGGCCGUGGGCACUCGCAGUCCAGCCAUCAGGGUCAGGUUCCGUACUCUCCUACUCCCAACUUCCGGACUCCCAACCAGCCGCGCGGCGGCCAUAACAUGGGUCCCCAGUUCCACGCCCCUAACCAAGGACGACCGAUGCACGGAUUCCCAUCUCCGCAAGCUAGCCGCAGCCCAGCGCUAGCCACCGCACUCCCUGUGACUCCCCAAAUGAGCCAGGUCCCUAUGACACACACGCAGAUGCCUCCCCAACCCUAUGGCGCCUAUCCCCCCCAUAUGGGCCCCCAAGCAACCUACCCCUACACGGACCCGAACUACGGAUAUUAUCAACCGACGAACUACCCAUACAUGGCUCCCCCGUCCCCGCAGCCACGUCCCAUUACCUACAACCAGCCUCCGUAUAUGCAAGGCCAGUAUCCUGUCGCCCACGGUCCCCCGCAGGCGACUUCUUUGUCGCGCACCCCUUCGCAGGUUUCCGAUCGUCCAGGAUCUAGCCUGGGUCAGAACCAGCCAUCUGUAACUCCCUCAACGCCGGGACAUGCACACACCCCGAGCCGCACCUCUAACGCUGCCGGUGGGGGCAAGCCCGCCUUUGUCAUUCCCCAGCAGACACGCAAGGCCAUUACCAUCCGUGAUCCUGACAGCGGUAAUGUAAAGACGUUUGAGAAGACUCCCGCGUCCCCGGCACGCGCCACCCCCUCUCCUGUCAAGAACGCGGCGCCAAGCCCUACUCCUCCGUCAAGAACCGGCAGCAGUACGGAUCACACUCGUGCUCAGUCUCUCUCUGCUAACGCCAAGACAGCUGCUGAAAAGAAGCAGGAGCUGAAGGAUGCAGUCCUCCAGAAAAUGCAGCAGGACAACGCCGAGGCACGUCGCAAGGCAGAGGAAGAAGAGGAAGCCGCUAAGCGCAAGAAGCAGGAGGAAGAGGAGGCCGCCAAAAAGAAGCAGGAAGAGGAAGAGGCUGCCAAGAAGAAGCAGGAAGAGGAAGAGGCUGCUAAGAAGAAGCAGGAAGAGGAAGAGGCCCGCGUGAAGAAGGAGCAAGAGGAAGCUGCCCAGAAGCAGGCCUCUGAAGAAGAAGCUGCCCGCAAGGCUAUUGAGGAGUUGAGUUUGAAGGAGAAGGAGGAGAAGGCCGCUUCCGCCGCAGAAGCCUCAAAGCCUGCCGAAGCUGCUCCGGCCCCCGCCCCUGCCGCAGCGGAUGACGAGGAUGAGAUCGACUUCGAUGCUAUUGAAGCAGAGUUGGCCGAACUUGAGGCUAAGGAAGCCGCAGCAGAAGCUGCGUACAAUGCCAAGAAGAAGGCUGAAAAGGAGGAGCGCGAGCGCAAAGAGAAGGAGGAACGCGAGGCUUACGAGGCUAACAUGAAGCAAGCCGAGCGCGAGGCCGAAGCCCGUGAAGAAGCCCGCGAGAAGAAGAGACUGGCUGGUGAGGAUACGAGCAACAAGGAUCUGUUCUCCUCUCUCAAGAAGGGUGGGCUCGUUGCCACUGAAACCAGCACCCCUGCUGACAGCGGUACCGUUACUCCGGUCUCUGAUACCUCCAUGGGACCUCCUGCCAAACCUGCCAGCGCCGGGGCCAAGCAAAAGCCUGCCGCCCUCAAGCUGGAGACCAACAAGUCCGUUGAGCCUCCUCAGCCUACUGCCGGUAUGAAGUCGUUGCACUCCGCCCGCUUUGUGGACGAUCUCAGCAAGAUCUCCUACCCUGACUCUAUUGCCUCCCCCAACCCUGCUCUUAACUCCAACGCACCUGCAGACCGCAAGUUCCACUACAACAAGGAAUUCUUGCUUCAAUUCCAGACCGUCUUCAAGGAGAAGCCGUCUAUUGACUGGGAUAUCCGCGUGCGCGAGACCGUCGGAGAUGCCGACUCGUCUCGCCCACAGUCUGCCCGAACCCCAAUGUCACGUACCCAGUCUCGCACUGGCCCUGACUCUGAUUUCCGUAUGGGCACUUUCGGCCAACCCCCUCGCCCGGCUUUGCCCCCAGGAUCGACCUCCGAGCAGAGGUUCGCUCUCUCCAACAACCGUACCCCGUCCAUGGGCAACCCCUUCGGUCAGUUCCGCAGCUUCCCAAUGGGUGGGAAUGCACCCGGCAUGAGCCGCACAAACUCUUCUCACAACAUAGUGCCCCAAUCCCCGCGCGUCGGGUCGAGGAACCAGGGCAACCGAACUGCGAGCAAGAAGCACCAGGCCAAGCAGGAGGAGAAGAUGGCCGCGUCAAUGCCCCUUACCGCUGGAAAGGAGGUUCAAGGUCUACAGAUUUCGUCCUCUGGGUGGAAGGCUCGCAGCAUUCAAGCUCCCGCUGCCGCUGGCCCUACUCCUGGUGGCUACUUGGCUCCGGAUGUGGUGCAGCGCAAGGUCAAGGCCGCUCUCAACAAGAUGACACCAGAGAACUUCGACCGUAUCUCUGGCCAGAUUCUGGAAAUCGUUUCGCAAUCCAAGGACGAGUCCGAUGGACGAACUCUGCGACAAGUAAUUCAACUCACAUUCGAGAAGGCUACUGACGAAGCUCACUGGGCGUCGAUCUAUGCCAAGUUCUGCAAGCGUAUGCUUGAGAGCAUGAGUGCCGAAAUCAAGGAUGAGAACAUCCGCGACAGACAGGGUAACGUUGUCGCAGGCGGCAGUCUGUUCAGGAAGUACCUUCUCAACCGUUGUCAGGAGGAGUUCGAACGUGGUUGGAAGGUCAACCUGCCUCCCAAGCCUGAGGGUGUCACCGAGGAGGUUGCCAUGAUGUCCGACGAGUACUACGCUGCCGCUGCCGCCAAGCGACGUGGUCUUGGUCUCGUCAAGUUCAUUGGUGAACUAUACAAGUUGGGCAUGUUGACAGAGCGUAUUAUGCACGAGUGUGUCAAGAAGCUCGUUGACUACGAGGGUAUUCCUGAGGAGGCUGAGGUUGAGAGUUUGACCAGCCUGCUGCGCACCAUUGGUGCCAGUCUGGAUGCCUCAGAGAAGGGUCCCGCCAUGAUGGAUGCUUACUUCGCGCGAAUUCAGAUGAUGAUGACUACCCCCGAUCUGCCAAGCCGUCUCCGUUUCAUGCUCUUGGAUAUCAUUGAUCUGCGUAAGAACCACUGGAACUCAAAGGAUGCCGACAAGGGUCCCAAGACCAUUCAACAAAUCCGCGAAGAGGCUGCUCGCGCCCAACAAGAGGCAGAGAUGGAACGCAUCCGCCAACAAUCAAACCGGGGAGGCGGUGGUCGCCCCGCCAUGGGCCGUGGUGAUUCUCGAAACUUCUCAGGCGGCUACGGACAAGCACCUCCCCAAGACUUCGCUUCCAGCAAGGUUGGAAGUGAUGAUCUCCGCCGACUCCGCACCACCCGUAAUACCAACCAACCCAUGUCAUUUGGACCUUCCAGCAUGCUCGGCUCGCGCAGCAACAGUGGACGCAGGAACCUUGGCCCUGGUGGCAACCUGGUUCGCGGCAGUGAUGACAGUGCUGCCAGCAGCCGUACUGGAACACCCCCUGCCGGCAAGAAGGAAGAUAAAGAAGCUGCCUCCUCGAUCAACGCUUUCAGCGCUCUUGCCCAAUUGCAAGAUCAGGACAACAUGGCCACAUCACCCCCAUCAAACCCUACCUCACCUCUGCUGACAAAAUCACAACCCGCUGUUGAGCGUCGACCCUCCGCAACCCCGUCGAAGGACGGCGAGGAAGCAUCAUAG